AUGUUUCCAGUGAUUCUUGCUUUAGGAUUUGGUAUGACUAUGGCAGCUGCAAUCUUUCAGCUCUACGAAUCUGAUGAGUCCCAUUCCUGCCCCUACAGAAACUCAAGUCGAGGAUAUCUAUCCGCUCUCUCCAGAUAUCGCCCUGGGUAUUGUUUCCCGAGUGCCUGUACCGGAGGAAGCAAUGGAAUUCCUGCUGCAGAUGCGAUUUUUAAACAAGUAGCACUAAACAGUCUUCGAGAAAUUGUGUCUUCGCAAGACAUCAAUGCUUUACAAGUUUCUACUACGAUCCUGGAUUCACUAGACCUGACAGAACUACAAUUUGACGAAGCCGCUUUUUCUGCCGCCCACGAUCAUUCUCGGAAAGGCUCUCUCUAA